AAAAUUUGAAAAUGCAGUCGGUCAUUUUUCUUAUUUGUGUUACCAAUCGAAAGACGCACAGAGUGAAGAGUAUAAAGAUUCUAAUCACAAACGACGAAUGCGAUAUGAUUGUAAAGGGAAAGUUAUAGUGCGCAUCGAUAUGAUUCUCAGUAUUAUAAUAGUGGAUAUAUAUCACGAAUUUCUCCAUCCGCGUCCAAACCUUUGCAUUGAGAUGCUCAAUGAACUACGGGAAGAGAUCAAUACACAUUCGCACCUUACUGUAGUGGACUUAAAAAAUCACCUACGACAUCAAGGAUUCGAUAUCUCAAAGUACUCUUCCAAGCGCAUUUACUUCUGGAAGUCUAUAGCAGACCGGAAUUUAUUCCAACGUUAUGAUGACCACGUUGAAUCCGCUCGCAAGUUGCUCAAUGAAUACGAUAGUCAUGGUUUCCAUUUGUGCCUUGAUAUAAAAGAUUCGGAGACCACAGCUAUCAGUUUUACUACUCCGUUGCUGAACGAAAUCAAGAAUUAUGGCAUUAAUAAAACUGCACGUGGACGCUACGAACUUUAUG